UCAUGGAAGUUCACGCUUUGACUAGCAACCACUGUGUGUGGAGGCUGCAAACUUGGAGAGAUUGUCCCAUUUGAGACCAAAAUCAACGCAUCAAUGUUGGACGGGAAGCGAUCAGGUGGAUUUCAUAUCGGGAUUCCACCACUCGAAAGUGACGACAGCUGUCUCAGUGACAGUGGGGAUAGCGAUGAAGACAAAACUUGUACCCCAGGUGAUGAAAACGGCAGUAAUAGGGGCGUCGGCACUAUAGAUAUCUUAUACAUUAAGGUUAUGAAAGCGGCAGUAGUGAGAGUGCUGACAACAGCAGCAGUGAUGAAGACUUUAUUGCUGCAAGAAGGAAAUCAGCUGCUACUACAAAAAGAAAAAGACUCAAGGUAGCAUGGAAGAUGGCGAAGCAAGAGAACUCUGUAACAGACGAUCCAGUUAGGCAAGGUGCUCCUCUGGGUGCUAAUGAAAUCAGACUGCCCAUUCAAUACUUCAGAGAUUUUUUUGAUGCUGAUCUUUUGGGUGGUAUUGUGGAACAAAGCAAUCUGUAUUGCACACAACAAAAUCAAAAUUGUGCCCUCAAAUUGGAUCAGAAUGAACUGGAGCAGUUUAUUGGCACUGUAGUGUACAUGAGUGUUUUGCAUUUACCUAGGCCAAGAAUGUACUGGUCCAGUGCAUGUCGAGUAUCGCAGGUGGCUGAUGUGAUGUCCCGAGACAGAUGGGAAGAAAUAAUACAUUUCAUUCAUUUCAGUGACAACAUGGCACCCAAUAACGGUGAUAGGCUUUUCAAAGUCAGGUCACUUAUUGAUUCACUUCUCCCCAAAUUUCAGGCUCUCCCUCAAGCUCAAAUGUUAUCUGUUGAUGAGCAAACGGUGCCAUUCAAAGGCAGAUCAAGUCUAAAGCAGUAUAUCCCCGAGAAGCCAUACAAAUGGGGAUACAAAAUCUUUGUGCUUUGUGACACAGAAGGCCUGGUGCAUUCAUUUGACAUAUUUGCAGGGAAAAUUGGUCCUGCACCAGGACAACCAGACAUUGGGGCAAGUGGAAACAUUGUGCUAAAGCUUGCACAAGAUAUUCAUGAUGCUGCCAAUCACUUGCUGUGCUUUGACAACCGGUUUUCCUCCUUGGAUUUGUUUGUUGCUCUUGCAAACAAGGGGAUACCAGCCCUUGGUACUGUGCAGCAAAGUUGCCUGAAAGGGUGCAGUUUCAGUGAAGACACAGAAACAAAGAAAAAGAGAAGAGGGACAUUUGAAGAGCAACAGGUUGACAUAGACAAUGUGGAAAUAAGAGCAGUCAAAUGGUUUGACAACAGCGGGGUGAUCGUUGCCAGCACUUUUGCCAGUGCCCGGCCUGUUUCUAACAUAGAAAGAUGGGAUAGAAAGUUGAAAAAGAAAGUGUCUGUGGAAUGCCCAGGUAUCAUCAGCCUGUACACCAAGUUCAUGGGCGGGGUUGAUGCUCUUGAUGCACUGAUUGCAGAUUACCGCAUCCACAUAAGGUCAAAAAAGUACUACCAUAGGUUCUUUUUUCACUUUGUGGAUAUGGUCAUUGUCAACAGCUGGUUGUUGUAUCGGCGUGAUUGUGAGUCACUGAGUGUUCCGAGAAAGAAGCAGAUGGAUUUGCUUGCUUUCAGAACAUCUAUUGCACAGGCGCUCUGCAUGCAAGGCAAGGAUCUGUCAAAAAACAAGAGGGGGCCGCCUUCAUCGGAUGUUGAAAGGGAGUUUGAAAAGAAGAAGCGUCGAGGUCCAGCUAAGGCUAUUCCAACACAGGAAGUCCGUUCAGAUGCUGUGGGUCACUGGCCAGUGGUUGAAAGAGAUCGGCAACGCUGCAAAUUCCCAAAUUGUAAGGGCCAGACUGUGUUCAAAUGUGCAAAGUGCAACGUUCACCUGUGCCUCAACAAAAACAAAAACUGCUUUCGUGAAUUCCACGAGUAAGGCUGUUUCAUGCAAAGACAGUUCAAGUGACAUGCUCACUCUCCACAUUGGAGAAACAAGGACAGAGUAGGAGUGAAGAUGUCAUGGUGAAAUUUAAGGUGUGCUGAUUGAUUCAUGUCAUCAACUCAUGCACUGAGUAACAUUUCAAGUAAAUGUUCCACCUUAAAACAUGUCGACAGUCAGCCCAAUGAAUGAAGCUAUUUUUUUCUCUUUCAUUUUAUAGUUAUAGUUUUCUGAUGUAUGAUCAGAGGUUACAUAAAACCAGCCGCAACUCAGCCCUGAGCAGAGUGACUGUCCUCUACUGACCAAUCAGACUGCAGGGUUUCUAGCUCCACAUUUUAUUACCAGAUCUGUGUACUAGGUACUAGUGAUGGUGAGAUGAAGCCUCAUGGAGCAUUGAAGCUUUCCAACAAAUUGGUUCAGAAAAGGGUUCAUUUCUCAAGGCUUCAUGUGCACACGAAACCACCUGCUGGCCAAAGUGUGUAAAACAGGCAGCUGUGACCUUAACCAUGUAAUCUGUGAUACACGGCAUUUUGUGUCAGUAAUGGGUGUUGGGAAUAACUAUUAAUAAUAAUAAUAAUAAUAAUAAUAAUAUAACUUUCUUUUUAUCAAUAUAGUGUAUUUUCUAGUGAGUAUAUUAUGACUACACUGUAUCAAAUACAUCUACAAUAAACUGUUAUUGUUUUGUGAAUGCAUCCUAUGUGUAUAAACCAAUCAUUUGGCUAAAAAUUGUAUUGUUGU